AUGGAGAAGCCCUACCAGAGACAGAAACCGGUCAUUCCGGAGGGGAUGAGCAAGUCUGCGUGGAAAAAGGAGCAGAAACGGCUACGAUGGGAGGAAAAUAGGGAAAAAAUGCGCGAGACACGCAGAGAAAAACGGAAAGCUUUGAAGGAGACCAGGAAGCUGAAAAAUGCUGAUAAGCCAAAGCGCGACAAGAUCGAGCAGCAAGAAGCCGGCUAUUCGGUUAUUGUGGACUGCGAUUUCGACGAUUUGAUGCUUGAAAAAGAGAUAGUGUCCAUGAGCAACCAGUUGGUGACUAGUUACGCAGACAACAAAAAGUACCCUUACAGAGUGGAUAUAACAGUGACGUCCUUUGGAAAGCGAAUGAAGGAGCGGUUCGAUCGCGUGCUCCCGCACUACCAGAACUGGAAGCCAGAGCACAUGAAGUUUACCGAGGAAAAGUUAGAGAGCGUGCUACCAGAGGAUUUAUCAAAGGUUGUGUAUCUAACGGCAGACACAGACGAAAAGCUCGAAACAUUGGAGCCAGGAAUGACGUACAUUGUUGGAGGCAUUGUGGACAAGGGCCGUCAUAAACUGCUGUGCAAGAAUAAGGCAGACAAGCUAGGGAUUUCCACCAAAAGGCUUCCAAUAGACGAGUAUAUCAAGGUGAGUGGCCGUCGAGUUCUGGCCACGUCGCAUGUGGUGGAAAUGUUGAUUAGAAAGCGAGAGUUCGACAGCUGGAAAGACGUUUUUGAGGCGGUGAUUCCGAUGCGGAAGGUGAAGAAACCAAGCUGUGGAGGGACUGGCGACGAGAAGGAGGAGGAAGAAAGCAGCAACGAUUCUAAUUAA